AUGGCUGCUCAGACUUUGGACGAUCUCUACGAAGGUUUCGAUGAUUAUGUGCCCGCCUAUGACACAUCGCAUCUUGAGCAGGAUCGCUCCUUCCAGCAGGCAGUGGCCCGAUCCAGCCAUGGAAGAAGACCGACCACAUCAAUGGCUGGACGUGCUCCGUCCGCAUAUGGUAUGGCUCCACAGUCCAGCUAUGGUGGAGUUUCUUCUUAUGGAAUUCGUAGUCGUACUGGAAGAACCUCUUUGGCUACCAGAAAUGAGCCAGCACGACCUAUGACCGCCGUCAGAGCUGCAGGAUACACUUCAUAUGCCAACAAAGUGCAAGCUGCUGAAUCUGCCGCAGCUGCGGAACCGAAGAGCACAGAAUCAAUCGAGGAGAAAUGCCGAGAAAUGGAGAAACGUGUCAUGGAUGUGCUCAAAGAAAGUCUUUUUGCAGCUGAGAGAAGGAGUUUCAAAGAGGCGCUAGAUAAAGCAAAAGAAGCUGGCAGAAGAGAGCGAGCAGUGGUGAAGUACAGGGAGCAGCAAGGCGUUGUUGAAUCCAUGAACAUCGAUCUUACUUUUACAGUUCUCUUCAAUCUUGCACAGCAGUACAUGGCAAAUGACAUGGCAAAUGAGGCGCUAAAUACCUACCAGAUCAUCGUGAAAAACAAAAUGUUUCCAAAUUCGGGAAGACUGAAAGUAAACAUUGGAAACAUUUACUUCAAGAAAAAAGACUAUAACAAAGCAAUCAAAUACUAUCGUAUGGCACUGGAUCAAGUACCCAGCAUACAAAAAGAGACAAGGAUAAAAAUCUUGAAUAACAUUGGAGUGGCAUUUAUCAAAAUGGGGAACUACGACGAUGCUAUGUCUACAUUCGAGCACUGUGUCGAAGAGAGAGCAGACUUCAAAACAGCGCUAAAUAUGGUUCUAACAGCUUAUUGUCUCGAAGAUGCAGACCGUAUGCGCGAUGGAUUCCAGAAGCUGCUCGAUGUUCCCCUUGAUGAUGAUGAGGAGAACAAGCCAAAUGACAAAGAUGAUGUGCUGAUGACACAAGUACUGAACAACGACAGUCUUCGUCAGUUUGCGCGACGUCAGCGAGCCGAUGCUGAGAGAGCAAUCCUGACUGCUGCAAAGACAAUAAGUCCAGCUAUAGCUUCUGACUUUGCAGCCGGCUACGAAUGGUGCGUCGAAACCAUCAAACAAUCCGUCCAUGCUUCUCUGGCCACAGAGCUGGAGAUGAGCAAAGCUGGCGAAUUGCUUAGAAGGGGGGAUCUGGAAGGAGCUGCUGAAGUGCUGAAAGUGUUUCACGCUCAAGAAUCAAAGAUUGCUGGAGCGGCUGCUAAUAACCUGUGCAUGCUGAAAUUAUUGCAAGGUGGAGAAAAAUUGCAAGAGGCUGAACAGUACUCGGAGCAAUCGCUGGCACUAGAUCACUACAAUGCAAAUGCCCUCGUCAAUGCCGGAAAUAUUGCCUACUUACGAGGAGACUACGACAAAGCCUACGCAAAUUUUCGAGAAGCCCUAAGCAACGAUGCAGGUUGCGUACAGGCUCUGUAUAACCUGGGCUUGGUCUGUCGUCAGCAAGGAAAUGUUGAACAAGCAUUGGAGUGUUUCUACAAACUACACAAUAUCUUGCUGAAUAACGUGCAGGUUCUUUGUCAGCUUGCAGCAAUCUACGAAUCCCUGGAAGACACAGCUCAGGCCAUAGAGCUGUACAGUCAAGCAAAUAGUCUUGCUCCUUCGGAUCCAGCAAUUCUUGCGCGUCUUGCAGCCAUCUACGACGCAGAAGGAGACAAAACCCAAGCAUUUCAGAGUAACUACGAUAGCUAUCGCUUCUAUCCUUCAAAUCUGAAAGUGAUCGAAUGGAUGGGAGCUUACUACAUCGAUGCUCAGUUUUCUGAAAAAGCUGUGAACUACUUUGAGAAAGCAUCAAUCAUGCAGCCAAACGAAAUCAAAUGGCAACUGAUGAUGGCAUCAUCACACAGGAGGGCUGGCAACUAUCAGAAGGCUCUUGAGCUUUACAAGAACAUUCAUAAGAAGUUCCCAGCCAACAUCGAGUGUCUAAAAUUCCUUGUGCGUAUCACAACCGAUCUUGGAAUGCCAGAGUCGAAAGAAUAUAUGGAGAAGUUGGGCAAAGCCGAGAGAGUUCGUCAGCUGAAAAUGCAAAGAGAAUCUGACAGUAGCCAAGGCAAGCGACACAGUGCUCAGUCAGCUCACAGCUUGCCACCAGGAGGUUCGGGAGAACGACCAACAUCUUUGAACAGUCUCAGAAUGUCAAGCGCGAAGUUUACUUUCGAAGACCAACCGUUUUCCGUGGCCCCACGAGACAUGAAGUCUGCUGACCUCUCCUAUGCCGAUCCAGUUGGUUCCGGUAGUGCUCGCCCGAAGACUGGGCAGAGAAAACUCAAACAAGAAGACUCAUUCGAAGAUCUUGAUGACUCUCUUUUGCCACAAUGAGCUUGAGUAUUUGAUUUUGAUAUUGAAGAU